AAGAAAAUUAUUCUAUAAAUAAACGUAUCCACUUCGACUCUUUUUCUGAAGCCAAUUCGACCACCAUUUUCAUCUAUCCAGAAUGGCCACUUCAACUCAAACCCCAGUCCGUUUCGGCAUAAUCGGCUGCGCAGACAUAGCUCGCAAGCUUUGCAGAGCCAUCGAUCUCGCGCCCAACGCGGUUCUCUCCGCCGUGGCGAGCCGUUCGCUUGAGAAAGCCGCUAGCUUUGCAAGAGCCAACAAUUGCUCCACCGAAGUCAAGAUCUAUGGCUCUUAUGAAGGCGUUAUUGAAGACCCCACUAUCGACGCCAUCUAUUUGCCUCUGCCCACUUCGCUGCACGUAAAAUGGGCCCUGAAAGUGGCCCAAAGUAAGAAGCAUUUGCUGAUGGAGAAGCCGGUCGCCAUGAACGUGCAGAAGUUUGAUGAAAUUGCUAAAGCGUGUGAGGAGAACGGAGUUCAGUUCAUGGAUGGUACCAUGUGGGUCCAUCAUCCCAGGAAUGCGAAAAUGAGGGAGUUUCUUGAUGAUACGGAGCUUUUUGGCCAGCUCAAAAGGAUACACACAUACUUCUCAUUUGCUUCAGGUGAUGAUUUUCUCAAAAAUGAUAUCCGUGUAAAGCCAGAUCUUGAUGGUCUUGGUUCUCUUGGGGAUACCGGUUGGUAUUGCAUCAGGGCAAUCCUAUGGGCAGCUGAUUAUGAACUGCCAAAAACAGUUACAGCUUUGCCUGGGCCAGUUCUCAAUGAAGCAGGGGUAAUCUUGUCUUGCGGGGCUUCUCUUCAUUGGGAAGAUGGGAAGGUAGCCACCCUCCAUUGCUCCUUUCUAGAAAGUUUGACAAUGGACAUAACUGCAACUGGAACAAAAGGAACCUUGCAUGUUCAUGACUUUGUGAUUCCAUUUCAAGAGAACGAGGCCUCUUUCAGCACUGGCGCUAAAUGUUUUUUCAAUGAUCUUGUGACUGGAUGGACUCCCUUGCCAAGCGAGCACACCGUAAUCACAGACCUCCCUCAAGAAGUCCGCAUGGUGAGAGAGUUUUCUUGCUUGGUUGGUGACAUUAAAAAUGGUGCCAAGCCUGAGAGCAAGUGGCCAAUCAUAAGUAGGAAGACACAGAUAAUUUUGGAUGCUGUCAAGACAUCAAUUGAAAAAGAUCUCACCCCUGUUACAGUUGAGUGGUAAAUGAGGUUUGCCCCACUGUGGUUGGCCUUUUCAUUGCUCUUAUCAUUAACGUUAUGUUAUGAUCUGUACUUAGAUUUGUAUUCUAGAUUGUGAGCCUGAAAAAACUGCUUCUGUGUUUAAGUUAUGAGGUUUGUGUGCGAUAAAUAAGGAUUACCAUCUUCCUCUGUAAUGUAAAUUUUGCCUUGUUUAAUGGGGGUGGUUGCAAGGUAAUGUUACCGGUCAACUAUUACAUC